UUCAAGAUUUCACCUAUUCCUUCUUUCUGGCCUCCAAAGUUUUAUGUGAGAGCAUCUCUACAUAACUAAACCGUUGUGAUUUUUUAUUCUUAUGGAGAUUCAAAAAAUUUCAUGAGAAAGUCUCUUAAUGCAAACCCCAUUCUAAAAACAUUUUGAAAGUUUCAUUUUUUUUUCAAAAAUGCUGUAGGAGUAAUUUACCAAUUGUGAAAUGGGCAAUGAGAACAGAGCCCGAAUCUAAGCCCACUACGUAUUCCAGCCCGUUGUCACGGAUUAAGCCCAAAAUUCCCAGCCCAUUCUCACAGAAUAAGCAAGCCCAAAAGCACAACCCUCUUCUUGAAGGGCCCGGGCGACCUGGCCACGAGCAGCCAGCCACCGGCGCUCUCUCCCGCCUCCCUAUCCCCUAACCCUAGCCGCCGCCACCGACGCCUAAACCCUCGCCGCACUAACCGCAGCGACCUCUCGGCGGCGAUGGCGAAGGAGAAGAAGCGGAAGGAGCCUCCCUCCGACGCGGCGCCUCCUCAGGGCGGCGAGGGCGAGGGGAAGAGGGAGCGCAAGGGUAAGAAGGCGAAGAAGCAUAAGGCGGAGGCGAUACUGCCGUCGCAGAUCAAGAACAAGGAGAAGCGGAGCGAGCUGCACGCCAAGCUCAAGCGCGAGAAGAAGGCCGAGAAGCGCAAGCUCGCCCGCGAGCGCAGCCAGGCCAUCCGCCGCGCCGAAGAGCUCGGGGAACAGCCGCCGGAGAGGCAGGUGCCGCGGACGAUCGAGAACACCAGGGAGCCCGAUGAGACUGUGUGCCGGCCUGACGACCAGGAGUUGUUUGCAGGAAAUGAUGCAGAUGAAUUCAAUGCAGUUCUAAAACAGCACAUAAUCCCAAAAGUAUUGAUUACCACAUGCCGCUUCAAUUCAGGGAGGGGACCUGCCUUUAUUGAGGAGUUGAUGCAAGUGAUACCGAAUUCUCAUUAUGUUAAAAGGGGAACAUAUGAACUCAAGAAAAUUGUGGAAUAUGCACAGAAUAGGGACUUCACCUCACUUAUUGUUGUCCACACAAAUCGAAGAGAACCUGAUGCCCUACUUAUCAUGGGGUUACCUGAUGGCCCCACUGCACAUUUCAAACUAUCCAAACUUAUUCUACGGAAGGACAUAAAGAACCAUGGCAACCCUACCAGUCAUAAGCCAGAGCUAGUCUUGAACAAUUUCACCACACGCCUUGGUCAUCGUGUUGGAAGGAUGAUACAAUCCCUUUUUCCCCAAGACCCCAAUUUCCGUGGGCGCCGUGUUGUGACCUUCCAUAAUCAGCGAGACUACAUAUUUUUCCGUCAUCACAGGUACAUCUUUGAGACAAAAGAAAGCAAGGUUGCUUCGAAGGACAAGAAAGCUAAGACAUCUGAAAGCAAAAGCCAACCUGAGAAGCAAGUGAUUUGUCGCCUUCAGGAAUGUGGUCCUCGCUUUACUCUAAAGCUGCUCACCUUGCAACAUGGGACCUUCGACACGAAAAGCGGGGAGUACGAGUGGGUUCACAAGCCGGACAUGGAUACAAGCAGGAGAAGGUUCUUCUUGUGAUGGAGCGUGGAUGCCCAAACGGGUGGAAUUGUUCUGUUGAGUCUUUGAAAUUUGUGUAGAGAGGAUGCUUUGCACGUAGAAUCCAUAAAUCGGUGUGACGGACUUUGGCCAUGUUUGGAACAGUUUAAAGCUUAAAUCUUGCUUAUGGUCAAUAUAUGGUCAAUAUAAUCUGAAACUAGUAGGCAAACGGCUCAUUUUUUUCAGCUUUUUCUGGCCGUGUUUCUCCCAACCGCUUCCAUCUGUACUAAAACGCGCAGAAGCUGGAUCAAAUCUGCUUUUUAGGGAAGCA